AGGAGCGAAAGACGGGCGCGUGAUGGCCUGAGCCACCAAAGCUAGCAAAAAUCCAUAUUUCUCUUGUCGCUGCUUACGCUCGCUUCUCCGAUCACGACGAGAUAAAGAAUCUUGAUCUCUACAAACGCUUCGUAACUAUAAUCAUUCACCUUUGAGGCUUUGACCAACACUCGGAUCGAAUUCCGAGUUCCAGUUUCAGAGCUGAAAAAUUCGACGCGAAUGCAGGGGAUUUGGUGCGGGUUAGGGUUCUUGAAACCGAUUUGAGUGGAAGAUGAUGUGAUUCGUGAAGCGAAUUGGGAGAAAUUGAGUGUGGAAAUCAGAUGUGGAGUGGGGGGUUUUGUCGGAUGCUUUUGGUUCGCGGGAAAACAAGGUGGAAGUUGCAGACUUGUGGAGUUUGAUUCCAGAGGAUAAGAGAGUAAUCGCGCGAGAAGCACAGAAGGAAGAAUGGCAACUCCAGUUGAGCCACCAAAUGGAGUUACGAUUCAUGGGAAGCAUUACUACUCCAUGUGGCAAACAUUGUUUGAGAUUGAUACUAAAUAUGUGCCCAUAAAGCCGAUUGGUCGAGGAGCCUAUGGUAUUGUAUGUUCUUCUGUAAAUCGAGAGACCAAUGAGAAGGUUGCUAUUAAAAAGAUACAUAAUGCUUUUGAGAAUCGUAUUGAUGCACUAAGAACUCUGCGUGAACUAAAGCUACUUCGUCAUCUUCGUCAUGAAAACGUGAUUGCUUUGAAAGAUGUAAUGAUGCCUAUCCAUAGGAGAAGUUUCAAGGAUGUCUAUUUGGUUUAUGAACUCAUGGAUACUGAUCUGCAUCAGAUUAUCAAAUCUUCUCAACUUCUUAGCAAUGAUCACUGCCAAUAUUUUUUCUUCCAGCUGCUUCGAGGUCUUAAGUAUCUUCACUCCGCAAACAUUCUUCACCGUGACUUGAAGCCUGGGAACCUUCUAGUGAAUGCAAACUGUGACCUGAAAAUAUGUGAUUUUGGGCUGGCACGCACUAGUACAGGCAAGGGCGAAUUCAUGACCGAGUAUGUUGUUACUCGCUGGUAUCGAGCCCCAGAGCUCCUCCUUUGCUGUGACAAUUAUGGAACAUCGAUUGAUGUAUGGUCUGUUGGAUGCAUCUUUGCGGAGCUUCUUGGCCGAAAGCCUAUCUUUCCUGGCACAGAGUGUCUGAACCAGCUCAAGCUUAUUAUCAAUAUCCUUGGCAGCCAGAGGGAAGAGGAUCUCGAAUUUAUUGAUAACCCAAAGGCAAGAAAAUACAUCAAAACACUCCCAUAUUCUGCCGGUUCCCCGUUUUCCCGUCUUUACCCUAAUGCUCAUCCUAUGGCAAUUGAUUUGCUGCAAAAGAUGCUUGUUUUUGAUCCAUCGAAGCGGAUUAGUGUGACAGAAGCACUCCAACAUCCUUACAUGUCUGCACUGUAUGAUUCCAAUCGUGAUCCCCCUGCUCAAGUGCCGAUUGAUCUUGACAUAGAUGAGGAUUUGGCAGAAGAAAUGAUUAGGGAGAUGAUGUGGAAGGAAAUUCUCUGCUAUCAUCCUGAAGUUGCUGCAGCAAAUGGGGAGUCGUGCUCCUAAUCCUUUUGUUUCUGAAUUCUACAGGGGCAUUGGGUGGCUGCUUUUCUUGAAGGGGAGUAUAUUUUUAAUUAGUCGUUUAAGCUAGUUUUUCGCUUCUUUUCAUUUUAAAAAACUUUUUAGUUUAUCUAUGCUUCCCUGCUUAUUUGCUUAAAAUAAAGUAAAAUGGCAUGCGUUGGCCACUAGCUGCUAAUGCAUUCAGCUACUAACUUUUGUUGGUGAGAAAGUGUGUAUGAGUUUAAGCUCUGUAUGGAAUGAAGUUGUAUGAUUUGUACAUAUAUGCUGUUGUAAUGUCUGGAGAAUACGUUGGUUGUAAAUUAUGUACGAGACAAUGUUACUCUGACCGUUGAAGUUUAUGAGAAUAACAUCUUCAUUUUCUAGCA